UUUCGAGCAGAAAGUCCGCUGAUUUUGAGUGUGGCACGGUUGUGACUUCUGCUAUCUUAUAUGUACGUAUCGUUUCGCUUCUGGCAAGAUAACACCGAUUUCGGAACUCCCUUCUGAUUUUGAAUCAUUUGUCAUUGUACUGUUGACAGAAGUGAAUUCCUGUUUGACAUCUCUAUCAAAGAAUAUAAUGGAGGAGAUUUUUAAGUAUAUUGAUGAACAUCAGAAAGAAUAUAUUGAUUCUUUGAAGGAAGCUGUAGCAAUCAAAAGUGUAUCGGCAUGGCCAGAGACUCGAGAAGAGAUUGCAAAAAUGGUUAAGUGGGUUGCAAAGUAUUUAGAAAAUGAAGGGACUAAAGUCAACCUAGUUGAUGUGGGCAAUCAGACAUUACCAAAUGGCACUACUUUGCCAUUACCACCUAUUCUGUUGGGUACUUUAGGAGAAGAUCCUAAAAAGAAAACUGUUUGUGUGUAUGGCCAUUUGGAUGUUCAGCCUGCAAACAAGGAAGAUGGCUGGGACACCGAACCUUUUGUUUUAACAGAAAAAGAUGGUAAAUUAUAUGGGCGUGGUGCUACUGAUGAUAAAGGUCCUGUUUUGGGAUGGUUACAUGCAAUUACUGCUUACAGGAAGACUGGAAGGGAACUACCUGUUAAUUUAAAAUUUUGUUUUGAAGGUAUGGAAGAGUCUGGUUCUGAAGGCUUGGAUGAACUAGUUUUUAGUGAGAAAGAUAAAUUUUUUAAAAAUGUUGAUUAUGUCUGCAUAUCUGAUAAUUACUGGCUAGGAAAGAAGAAACCUUGCUUGACUUAUGGUUUAAGAGGUGUAUGCUAUUUUUUUAUUAAAAUAACAUGUGCAUGUAAAGAUUUGCAUUCUGGAGUUAUGGGUGGAUCUGUCCAUGAAGCUAUGGCUGAUUUGAUUGCUUUAAUGAAUUCUAUGACUGAUGCAAGAGGAAACAUACUUAUUCCAGGAAUAAUGGAUGAUGUUCUUCCAGUAACUGAAGAAGAAAAAAAAUUGUAUGAGAAUAUCGAUUUUGAUCCAGAGGAAUACAGGAAAGAUGUUGGUUGUGAAAAACUAGUCCGAGCUGAUAAAAUAAAAACUCUAAUGAGAAGAUGGAGAUUCCCAUCUCUUUCUCUUCAUGGUAUUGAAGGUGCCUUUAGUGAAUCAGGAUGUAAAACUGUGAUUCCUUCAAAAGUAAUAGGAAAAUUUUCCAUUCGUAUUGUACCCAAUCAAGAUCCUAGGAAAAUUGAAGAAUUAGUAGUUGCACAUUUGAAGAAAGUUCACGAAGCAAGAAAAACUCCAAAUGAAUUAAAUGCUUUCAUGGUUCAUGCUGGUCAGGCAUGGCUAAGUGAUCCUAACCAUCCUAAUUUUGUUGCUGGGAAAAAAGCUAUCAAACGAGUAUACAAUGUUGAACCUGAUCUCAUUAGGGAGGGAGGAAGUAUUCCAGUGACAUUAACUUUCGAACAAGCUACUGGUAAAAAUGUACUGCUCUUAGGAAUAGGUGCAAGUGAUGAUGGUGCUCAUUCUCAGAAUGAAAAGAUAGAUAUUUCUAAUUAUAUUGAAGGGACAAAAGUAUUGGCCGCUUAUAUCCAUGAAAUUGCUCAGCUUUGAAAUGAAAUUUCAUCCUGCUGGGAAAGUUUAAAAUCAAACUGACAAAUUAUCAUAGCUGGACUGUAAAGCUGACGAAUAUAUUUUGAAAUGAUUUUAAAUAAAAAUAUUUUUUUCACUGUACAAAUAUAAUUACUUUCUUUUUACUGAACAUUUCUAAAAAAGCUGUUUAACCAAAUUUUUUAUUAACAAUAAAAAAUUUAAAAGAUUUA